AGUAGGGGUGAAUCUGAAAUAAAUUAUUAGUGUGCGGUAGUUUUGUGAUUUUGAGUGGGAAGAUUCAAGUGAAUAAGUGAUAAUGGUAUUGGUGUCUUAAUCUUAACUACACAGAUAAAGAAGCAGCUUUUCUUCUUUACUUCUAUUCCUUAAAUUCAUUCUAGGGUUUGGGUUACAUUUCCUCUAUACUAACUAGAGUGAAGUGAGUGCAAUUUAUGGCCAACCAAUUGUACGGCUACAACUCUAGCUAUGCUUCAGCUGGAGGAGGUGGUGGUGGGACCCCAACACCAUCCUCCUCUCUUCGUUAUCUGGUUGGGUCUUCCGACUCCGAUCACUCUAAGUACACACCUUCCUCAAUUUACAGCGAUGUAUUGAGGUACUCUUCUCAGCACUCAUGGCCUUCUGGUGUUGAACCCACUGACCACCUCUCUACUCCCAUCAAACGAGCCUCUGAAGCGCUCUACCAUCAGACUCUUUUGGGUGCCCAUACCACUCUUGGGCAAAGUGAAGCUUGGUAUUCUACCAACUCUUUAGCCAAGCGCCCUAGAUUCGAGAAUACAAGCCAUUUACCUGUGUAUCCACAGAGGCCAGGGGAGAAGGAUUGUGCCCACUAUAUGCAAACAAGAACCUGUAAAUAUGGACCUACCUGCAAGUUUGACCAUCCUAUUUGGGUUCCUGAAGGUGGAAUCCCAGAUUGGAAAGAGGUUCCACUUAUUGCUACGAGUGACUCCCUUCCUGAGAGACCAGGAGAGCCAGAUUGUCCUUACUUUCUGAAAACUCAAAGAUGCAAGUUUGGUUUGAAGUGCAAGUUUAAUCAUCCAAAAGAAAAUUUGAUUACUUCAGUGGGUUCUUCGGGAAAUGCUGACGUUUUUACCUUACCGGAUAGGCCUUCGGAGCCCCCAUGUGCUUUCUAUUUGAAGACUGGAACUUGUAAGUUUGGUGUGACUUGCAAAUUUCAUCAUCCAAAAGAUAUGCAAAUGCCAUCAGCUGCACAAGAAAAUGGUGAUAGCAAGCAGAAUGAAUCAGUAACUAAUGGAACAGCUGGAGAUCUAUAUGUCCCUGGGCCUCUUGUUUCUUAUGCCCCAGCAAGGUUACAUAACACCAAAGGACUUCCUAUUAGACCGGGGGAAGUGGAUUGUCCAUUCUACUUAAAAACUGGGAGUUGCAAAUAUGGUGCCACUUGCCGCUACAAUCAUCCUGACAGAAACGCAAUCAAUCCUGCUGCUGCUGCUGCAAUAGGGCAUCCUCUUAUAACCUCCCCAGGAGCUAGUCUGAACAUUGGUGUUGUUAAUCCAGCUGCUUCAAUAUAUCAAACUAUUGACCCCAGAUUGGCUCAGCCAACGCUUGAAGUUGGCACAAGUAUCUACCCUCAACGCCCAGGACAGAUGGAAUGUGAUUACUAUAUGAAGACUGGGGAAUGUAAGUAUGGGGAAAGAUGCAAGUUUCAUCACCCUAUUGAUCGGUCAGCACCAACACUCUCAGCAGCAAAGCAAGCUUCUCAAGAGAAUAUCAAGCUCACCCUCGCUGGAUUGCCUAGGCGAGAGGGUGCUGUUCAUUGUCCAUAUUAUAUGAAGACUGGAACUUGCAAGUAUGGUGCAACAUGUAAGUUUGACCACCCACCACCUGGAGAGGUGAUGGCCAUGGCAGCAUCGCAAGGAACAUCAAGUGGGGAAGUGAGGGGGGAUGAAAAUGAGGCUGAAACUAGUCAAGCUGAGCGAUCUCCGUCUCAACAAUUAGCUCUCAUGUCUUCCAUUUCUUCUCUUAAAAGAAGAAGAAACUUUUUCAAGAAUGCUCGGGAUCCAAGUUUGAGUAACAAAUUCAAACGUUGUUCAGCUGCCACUCAGUCUUCCUUACUAGAACCUGAUCAAGAUGAUGAUAAAAAUAGAAAGACCCCUGAAAUUAAAACGCUGUUCAGAAGACUAUGGAAAGUGGCAGCUCCAUAUUGGUACUCAGAUGACAAAGUACAAGCCAGAUUGCAACUUGCUUCUGUCUUUGCUCUCACUCUUGCGACCACUGGCAUCAGCGUCGGAUUCAAUUUCCUUGGCCGUGAUUUCUACAAUGCGCUCGCCAACAAGGACCAAGAACAGUUCACCAAGCAACUGCUGUACUACCUGGGUGGUUUUGCUGGUGGAAUUCCGUUUUUCGUAUUGAGGGAUUAUGCAAGAGAAACUCUUGCUUUGAGAUGGAGGUCUUGGAUGACAAAAUAUUACAUUGACCGGUAUCUCACGGAUCAGACAUUUUACAGAAUUCAAUCCCAAUCUAUAAUUGACAAUCCAGAUCAGCGGAUUGUUGAUGAUUUAAGUUCAUUCACAGGGACAUCCCUUUCAUUCUCUUUGACACUUUUUAAUGCUGCAGUCGAUUUAAUAUCAUUCAGUAACAUCUUGUAUGGUAUCUAUCCUCCACUAUUUGUUGUUCUUCUGGUUUACUCAAUUGGCGGAACAGCUAUAAGUGUUUUCCUUGGGAAGGGAUUAGUGAACCUGAACUUCUUGCAAGAGAAAAAGGAGGCAGAUUUUCGUUAUGGACUUGUACGGGUUCGAGAAAAUGCUGAAUCGAUUGCAUUCUAUGGUGGAGAAGAGAAUGAAAUGCAGCUUUUACUGCAGCGCUUCAAAAGUGCAUUUGAAAAUUUAACUCAAUUGUUAAUAUCUUCUAGAAAUCUAGAGUUCUUCACCAAUGGAUACCGGUACCUCAUUCAGAUUCUUCCUGCUGCAGUUGUCGCUCCUAUGUACUUCUCUGGAAAAAUUGAGUUUGGUGUCAUUAACCAGUCGGUAUCUGCCUUUAAUCAUAUACUUGGAGAUUUCUCCCUUAUUGUGUUCCAGUUUCAGUCUAUCAGUGCUUUCUCAGCAGUCAUUGACCGUCUAGGUACUAAACUUUUAUCUCUUGUAUGCUUAUUCAAUGAGGCUUUUGCAUUCUCUGAUAAAACAAAAUUUUAUAAAGAUAAUGAGUCAUUUGUCAAAUGUGGUAAGCAAGAGUUGACUGCCAUUUUAUUUAACCCUUGUGCUGUUCAUUGUCCAUAUUAUAUGAAGACUGGAACUUGCAAGUAUGGUGCAACAUGUAAGUUUGACCACCCACCACCUGGAGAGGUGAUGGCCAUGGCAGCAUCGCAAGGAACAUCAAGUGGGGAAGUGAGGGGGGAUGAAAAUGAGGCUGAAACUAGUCAAGCUGAGCGGUGA